UUGAAUUUGUUCAUUUUCAAAAAUACCCAUGGAUUGAUUGAUUGAUUGAUUGAUUGAUUUUUGGAGGGGUGGGAGGUUCACAUGGGUACAUGUUCCACUUUAUUUUCUUUCUUUCUUUAUUUACAUGUAUCUAUAGGCCACCUAUAAUUGCUGAAGCCUUUAUAACAUACUGGUGGUACUUUCUGCCUGUGAAAGUUAGCAAUGUGGAUACAAUAUUCUGGUGAUUCUGUUGUUUUUAUUUUAACUACUUGGAAUUGUUGACAUCUUGCUGGAAGUACUGAAAUACCAGUGUGUAUCCCUCUUCCCCACCCUUUGAUUCUGUAUUUGUGCUUAAUAGCUAAUGGGCGAUUUCCAGAACUAAACCAUUUGCAAUGCUUGCCUUUCAGCUUGGUUUUGGGUCAUUUCUUGGAAUUAUUGGAUCAAAUCUGAUAGAAAAUAAAAGGCAAAUGGUGUCUCUUUUUCCACAGCUGGUUGCUUCGAUCGUGUUUAUCAGUUUUGGGGUCAUCGCAGCCUUCUGCUGCGCCAUCGUGGACGGCGUGUUUGCUGCCAGGCACAUAGAUCUCAGGCCACUUUAUGCAGGACGGUGCCACUACUUCUCCAAAAGCACAGCCCAGCCACAGACAGUCUGCCCCACUCAGCACCGGAGCUCCUGUACACCCAAGAUCAAAACCAACACAUGCUUCUGCUGCGAUUUAUACAACUGCGGGAGAGUGGAGAUUUCCGGCGGCUACUAUGAGUAUAUCGGCGUCAGCAGCUGCCAAGAUAUCAUCCACCUUUACCAUCUGCUCUGGUCGGCCACCAUCCUCAACAUCACGGGCUUGUUUCUGGGGAUCAUCACCGCAGCCAUCCUGGGCAGCUUCAAGGAUAUGGUCCCCUCGCUUCCUGCUCUUAAUUGCACAGUUGAAAGCGCCCGGCCUGCUGUUUCUUAUUACUCAAGACCCCAGGUGACGUCCUACAAUACGUAUUAUCACAGCACACCACACCUGCCACCGUAUUCAGCAUAUGACUUCCAGCAUUCCAGUAUGUUUCCAGCCUCGACACCGUCCGGCCUUUCGGAUGACCCUCCUUCUCUCUCACCCUCGCCAAGCUACGUGUGGUCCCCCACCACCCCUCCCCGCUACUCGCCACCCUACUUCCCACCGUUUGAAAAGCCACCACCUUACACACCGUAG